ACCCAAGAAGCUUUCAGACAAGGUUCCCUCAUGGAUGAGGCCUUAUGUCCAGCUCUCAAGGCUAGACAUGAUAGCUGGCUCCAUGCUCGUCUUCUGGCCUUCAGCAUGGGGCCUCACCAUGGCCGCACACAAGGAGGGCCUUUCACUCAGAACUUAUGCAAUAUACCUCGCCAUAUUCUGGAUAGGAAGCGUCAUCCACCACAGCGCAGCUUGCAUAUGGAACGACAUCAUUGACAUGGACAUCGACAGAGAAGUCGAGCGAACAAAGAAACGACCACUAGCUAGUCGAGCGCUUAGCGUGCCCGCAGCGCUGGCUUACCUCUUCCCUCAAGUCCUCAUAUGUUUAGGACUAUUGUCCCUCACAAACUCGUCGACGUUUAUAUUGGGUUUGGUCGGUCUGUUUUUCUUGGAUGUCGUCUACCCAUACAUGAAGCGCAUAACUUACUGGCCACAGGCUUGGUUGGGGAUCGCCAUUAACUGGGGUGCCGUGAUCUCCUGGACUGUCGUGGUAAAGAACGAUGACUGGAUUCCUGCUGCUCUACUUCUAGUGUGCAGCUGGUGCUGGACUCUGCACUACGAUACCUGCUAUGGAUCCCAGGACAAGAAGGACGACGCCCGUCUUGGCAUCAAAUCCACUGCCCUCCUUUUUGCCUCGCAUGCCAUCGUCAUUCUCUCCUUCUUCUCUACACUCUUCAUUCUCUUCCUCUCCUUAGCGGGAUGGUUUAACGGCCAAGGAUGGGGCUUCUGGACCGGAGUAGCGGGCGCCGCGAUACAUCUAGUAUGGCAAAUCUGCAAACUAGAUUUCGACGAUCGCAAAAUCUGCUUCGAAGUCUUCUUGUCGAAUGGGAACGGAUUGGGUUACGUCGUAUGGCUGGGCCUCUUUGCGGACUACUGUCUUGGACGCUAUGGUGUGCCAUGGUAGAUGUGGGCGUGUGUGUGUGUGUGUAUAGACUGGUGUGCGGUGUGUUUGUUUUUUCCUCCGACUGGCUUUCGGAAACAUAUCUAUAUAUAUAUUCAUAGGCACUGAAUUUCUUACCUGUCGUUUUGUCUUAUUAUUCAAACCCCCCUUUCCUUCAGGUGAUGUUACUUUCAUGAUGGACCUGGAUUUAUUUGUAUCGUAGUCGCUUAACCCCCUCACACUCUCCCUCGACUUCCGUACGAAGCGCUUGGUACUUAUAUUAAUCUGAUUAUUUAAUGGUGUCUUUUCUUGUGAUGGAAUUUCAGACAUUCACA